UUGAGACAUCAAAUGAUCAAUCCCAUGAAAAGCUCAACCAAACAAAUACAAACUCUUUAAAGCAUGAAGUUUUUACUCAGGGAUCCUUCUGGGAAGACAUGGAAACCUUAAUAGACUCACCCAGGAGAUCACUGCUUGUCACACAGUCUAGGACCAGGGAAGAGAUGGCAGAAAAUCUGCUUAAGGAAGGGCCUUUGGUUCUUAGACCCCUCAGUAAAACUGAUCUUCUUCAUUUGGUGGAUUUGCUAAUAUCUGAUAAGAAAUGGAUCAAAGAAUGCCCCUCGAAAUCUUCACCGAUCAAGAUCACCAAGGCUGUUGGGAAGAGUUCCAGUUUGGGUCAUUCUGGGUUGAGAUCAAUCUUUCUGAGAACUUCGUCGCAGGAAAACUUGCGGAAAAAGGACGAAGGAGAGGAAAAGUUGCAGAAUAUUCCUCAUUCUGGAGUUACAACUACCAUCCCCGAUAAGAAAUCUUCAGAUCGUACUAGAUGUGAGGUAUUGUCCGACUGUCAAAACCUUGUUAAAGAGAUACUUAAGGAACACCCUGAAGGAUAUCAUAUGGGUAACUUCAGGAAACUCUUCCUUGAGAAGCACGGUUUUCUUCUGGAUUUACAAAAGCUUGGUUACAGAAGGUUGGUGUGCCUGCUGGAGAAAAUACCUGGAAUUAAAAUAGAGUCCUGCUUCAUAAUUCCUGCAAGCAUGGUUCCAGACAAUUUUGGCUUGGAAACAGUUGUCCCUAACAUUCUAGAAAAUACAUAUCCUGCAUUUGGUGAAUUGCCUAAUGAUGCGACAACAAAAGUUGAUGAUUUGGACACUAUGUGGGAUGAACUAGGAUUUGUUUCCAACUCGGAUUCAACUAGAAAUGAGCUGCAGUCAGUAUUAGGGAGUGAAAGACCUGAGGACACGAAGACAAAAUAUCCCAACUAUCCUUCUCUCUCAGAUGAUGAAUUUUCUGAUUCCGAAAGGGACAUGUCAACUGCAGAGCUAUCAGGGCGAGAACAGAAGCCUGGAUCAGAUGAGGAAAGCAGCUCAUUGUUGCAAAUCCUUGAUUCAUUGUACACUAUUACGGAAGAUAAGGAUAAAAUGGAUAAUUCAGAGAACUCUGAUGCUUUGGUUGAUUGUUCUGAAUACAAUGUCAAGCCAUCUGGUGAUGCUGGAGAAGGCAUGAAAACAGAAAAUUGUUUGGAGGAGUACGGGAAGCAGCAAAGUGUGCAAAAGAAAUAUACUUUUGUUGCAGACUCUGGGGAGGAUGACAGGGAUAAGCUGAUUAAUGGAAUAAUAGGAAGCUUGAAAAUAUCAAGCGAGUCGAGAAUGGACGCCUGAAUGGUCGGUUUGACAUUAUCAAAGUAUUAAUGCAUCAUGCUAAAAGUUUUCUCACUUUUAUAGAUGUUGGCUUUUGUAUGUCAUGCAAUCUAUGGUGGACGGGUAAGUUUCGAUUGGUUCUGAUCAACUGAAUAAACUGUCAGUCGUAUUAAAGUAGACUGAACAUAUUUAAGCCAAAACUGAAAUAAUCCAACACAACUUAUUUGGCCGGUUGUUUCACUUGGGAAUUCACUUAAAUGUUUAUAGAAAAAGGAGAAAGGUUACCUCUGAAAUUGAAUUAAAUAUUUAUUUUUGGUUUAAUUUAUUACAUUAUAAAGUAUCACGUCAGAGGGUCAAGCAAAGAUUCCUUAUGAAGAGGUACCAUUGUCGUGGAAAUAUAAAGUU